UCGUGCCGCGCGGCGUGGAGGCCGUGGAGGCCGUGCAGGUCGUCGAGGCGCACCGCGUGUCUCGUCGAUGCAUUAUGGAGUGAGCGAGUGACAGCGUCUGGAUUCCUCGCGCUGUCGCCCCGUGCCGCUACACUGUGCCGCCACACCGUGCCGACGCCGUGCUGACUGACGCCGCGCCGACAACGCGCUGCUACACCGGCCUUGCCGGAUCGGAUGAGGCCGCCAUGCCGUGUCGGGCGCAGCGCCGUCGCUGAGUGCUGACGCCAAGGCUGACGCGAUGACGAGCAUGUGUCGGCGGGCGUGCGCCGUGGUGGCGCUCCUGGCCGUCGUCGGCGGGCUGCACGCCGCCGCGCCAGUGCUGCCCGACGACGCCCUCAACGAGGUGGAGCACGGCAAGCUCGCCUCCACGGACAGCCCCGCGACCGUCGUGGACGCGCGCGGCCACUGGGCCAAGUGCACGCCCGAGCAGGUGGAGGCCAACCCGGACUGCCGCGCCAACGGCAACUUCGGCUACCGCCUCCUGGCCGCCACGCCGCCGCCCCCCGAGGCCAAGGCGUCGGCCUCGUCCAGCCACGCCGCCGCCACGGCCACCAUCACCAAGAAGGACCUGCCCUCCACGGCGAAGGCGCACCCACCGUCGGCGCCCACCCUGGCCUCCAGCCGGGCAACCUCUCCAACGGUCGCGCCCACCUCUCCGCCGUCCACUGCGACGCCACACGUUGCCACGACCUCGGCCCUGCCGUCCCCCACGUCCGGCCGCAGCACGCCACUAAGGGCCGCCACAACGGCCUCCACCACGGCCUCCACUACGGCCUCGGUCACUACGGCGGCUGCUGCUCCCGUCCAAACUUCACCGCCGGCACCUAUUGCAGUGCAGCAGUCCACCGCGCCUGCUGCUGCCAACGGCGUGAGCGGCGUGCGGGCCACCGAGACGGCGCACUCCAUGGCGGCAGCGUCGAGCCCCCGCCUGGAGGCCACGACCAUCAAGGUGAUCACUGCAGUGCAGGCGGCCACCACUACGGUGCAGGACGCUACCAGCGUGCAGGGGGUCGUGACAACCGUGAGGGAGGCCACCGUGCAGCAUACCGCCACAACCCCCACCAAGGACGCCGCCACCACUCCAGCCGCCGCCACGAUAAAGGCCGGUACCAUGUCAAGCAGCACCAAGACAGCCCCCGCCACGGCCUCCAGCAAGGCGGUGGACACGGUGACGGCCGCGUCAGCAAUUCUUCCAGCCACGCCCGUGUCUGCUGCUCCUUUGGGCAUCAAUCCGCCCUCGGCGACGGUGACAGCGCUGCACGCCGAAACGUCGGCCAAGCCCCCGCUCUCCGACAAGACCACCACCACGUCGACGAUGUCGCCGCCAGGUGCGUUUGACGUCCGCGACAAGCAGCCCGCGACGUCGCCGACCCCAGUGCCGCCGGUGGCCGUCGUGCGCACGGAGCUGGGCUCCACGACCAUCAUGUCGACCGAGGACGACGCCAUGGAGGAGGACGGCGCGGGCCUGCACGGCGACGUCCUGGAGGACGGCGAGGACGUCCUGCUGGCGGACGCGCCGCAGGGCCCGUACAUGGUGGAGGCGGCGCACUUCCCCGACGACCUGGACGCCAGGCUGGCCAACCUGAACUGCGCCGUGUCGCCGCUGCCGCCGCAGUCCGUGCUCUGGAGGACCAACCAGACGCACGAGCUGGAAUUGCCCAUCACGGUGCCCCUGGACUGCGUGGGGCCGGACUGCCCACCCGCCGCGCUGGGCUGGGAGUCCUCCGUCUCCAUGCAGAGCGGUGACGUCAUGCUGGUCCGCAUCGACGUGAAGCCCCUGGAGGCCGAGGCCGCGCCGCCCGCCAGCCCCACCGCCAGCGCGCUGCACCCCCAGGAGGCCGUGUACGGCGUGUCGCGCGCCGAGAUGGCGGCCUGCGACGUGGGCCAGGGGCUGCUGCUGGACAUCACGCCGCUCCUCGUGGACGGCAAGCUGCUGCUCGCGCUCUACGACAAGGACCUCUCGGACGGCGACAACUUCCUCGUCAUCCUGUCGGAGCGCUGGGCCCCGGGCCGCUGCAUCAAGCUGCACGUGCUCAUGAAGUCGGACAACUGCGGCGAGAACCAGGACUGCUCCACCAAGGGGGUGUGCUUCUCCAGGGACGGCAUGGACGGCUUCGAGUGCCAGUGCUGCCCGGGCUUCCUGGGCCCGCACUGUGAGGAGCGCGACGCCUGCUUCCCGUCGCCGUGCCUCAACCAGGGCAUCUGCCUGGACGUGAGCCAGGGCCGCGACGACGACCAGUACUCCUGCCUGUGCCCCUACGGCUUCACCGGCACCCGCUGCGAGGUGGUGACGGACCCCUGCGAGUCGGAGCCCUGCAAGAACGGCGGGACGUGCCGCCGCAACGGCACCGAGUGGGCGUGCUCCUGCCCCGAGGACUUCCGCGGCGUGCAGUGCGAGCGCAGCCCCUGCGCGCCGUCGCCCUGCAAGUACGGCGUGUGCAUCAACAAGGGAGGCGAGGCCGCCUGCUACUGCCAGCCAGGCUUCGCGGGCAAGCGGUGCGACAUGCAGUUCCGGAUGUGCGGCUCCAUGCCCUGCCUCAACGGCGGCGAGUGCGUGGACGUGGUGGACGGCUUCACCUGCAAGUGCGGCCGCGGCUACCGGGGCGAGCGCUGCGAGACCAAGGUGCCGCUGUGCCGCGCCGACUCGUGCCCGCCGGGCCGGACCUGCCGCGACCUGGGCAACAACGUGACCUGCGGCUGCCCGGCCGGCACCACCCUGCCCGACUGCACCCCCACGCCGCCGCCACCAAGGCCCUGCUCCCGCAGCCCUUGCCGCCACGGGGGCACGUGCUACAACUCGGACGGCGGCUUCUACUGCGCCUGCCGGCCCGGCUACACCGGACCCACAUGCAACGGUAGGCGCCGCUAUCGCCCUUUGGAGGAGGCGGUCCUGGAGGAGAUCCCCGUUGAGGCGGCGCAGAUGGCCGCCAUCACCAGCAGCCAGGACUACGCGCCGCACUCCUCGCACCUGCACCUGCACUCGGUGUACGUGGGCGCCAUCACGCUGGCCUGCGCGCUGCUCAUCGUCGUCGUCACGGUGACGGCGUGCCACUGCCGCGUCCACGAGACCUACAAGCGCUGCUUCGUCCUGCCCUGCAGCGUGGUCGACAUGGAGGACCCGCUGGCCAACCUGCCGCUGCACAAGAGCACGCGGGGCAAGCCGCUGCUGGACUCGCUGAAGGAGCCGCUGACGCCCUCGCCCACGUCCAAGACGGCGCCGCUCCUGGAGUGCGACAUGUACUACGCCAUGGACCUGAGCGACUCGCAGAGCAGCCCCCUCAUCGUCCAGCCUCCGCGCUUCAUGUGCCCCCUGGACCGCGCCGACCGCGUGCGCAUGUGAGCGCCUCGCCGAACUUCCGGUUUUCUCCACUUCCGGACUUCCGGUUCCCAGUUUCCGGCUUCCGGAGCUCAGCGGAAGUUUCCUUGGAUUGUUUGUGAAUUACUUUGGUGCGAACGAGAGCGCGAACAGCACCUGCAUUCGAACAACAAAUGUAUUUCCUGUGCCAAAGAGGAUCUCCACAUGUUACGCGCUGUCUCGUUUUCAGCGUUGUAUUGUUGGCACCGAUGUCGUUACGAAAAUAAAUAAAGGUGUAAUUCAGUGUGCGCGGAGAUGAAUGUUUGUACUCGAGCGAGUGUGAGUGAGUGAGUGUUGCCGAUGUUUUGCUGCAAAACGUUUUGUGUCAAUUCCGUUGCUCGGGCCGAAGCGAUGAGUCAGUCGAAGAUCGCUUCUGCAACGAGAAUUGUUGAGGUAGACGUUGUAGUGUCGUCCAGUCGCUUUGUAGCGGCAUUACCGCUUUCUCAAACCUUCUUUCAGUGUGUUAUAGAAAGCGUUUUCUUUCAAAUAGGAGUAUUCAAUGUUUCUACUGCAGCUUACUACAUCGAAUCCCGUUUUUACAAAUGUUUAAAGUUUUGCAAAUUAUCUUAGCUGAUUUGUGUCUGUAUUAAUUUCUCAUAUGCUCAAUUCGAAUUAUGGAAUAACCGAAGUGGCGGAGAUAAUGCCUCUGUCGGUCCGUUGUAUUUAAAAUAAAAAGCCGAUUUUUUUUUCUAAAUAAAAUUUAAACGCCUGGAA